UAAACAGGACACAUCCCCAUCACCUUUCUACCAGUAGGACCCCCUCUAAGGAUACUAUCAUUUUCUAUCAGUGUCACAGGUGAGCUUUUUUCCCUUUAUGAAGAUGAAUGAAGAGCCUAUAACUCAUUCUACCCUAAGUGUGAACUCCCAGCAGAAGUGCAAAGCAAAGAACAAUAUUAAGAAUACAUUUCAUUCAACUGAAUUGUCAUUCAUUGAGCAGAGGCAAAAAUACCAAAAACAUAGUAAGAAGCAUAAAAACACAGCAGAAGACAUCUCUGGUGAAGAGAAUUUCUCACCUUCUCCAUGGAGGCUCAUCUCUAGUGUGCUUGGUGCCAUGUGCCUUCUCCUGAUGGCUGUAGCCAUAGUGGUGAGCGUUUCCACUACACACUUAUCUUCUGAAAGAACAUGUUCCAUGAUUCAGCAAAGAGGACCUCAUCAUCCCUGCCCAGAGAAAUGGGUCUGGUUCAGAUGCAGUUGUUAUUACUUCUCCAAGGAAAUGCUAAGUUGGGGAGAGAGUCAGCGUGCCUGCUUGUCUCUCAAUUCCAGUCUCAUAAGGAUAAGCAAAGAGGAGAUGGAUUUUUUCAGUUUGAAGUCUUUCUUUUGGGUUGGAAUUUACUAUAAUGAAACUGGGAGACAGUGGCGGUGGGAAAACCAUUCUGUUCUACCCUAUGAGAUGUUUUAUGAUCUUGAUACUAAUAUGCAAUGCUUCUGUGCAUCUUAUAAAUCAAAGGGAACUUAUUUGGCUGAAAAAUGUACAAAUAAAUUGACAUAUAUUUGCAAGAAGUACCAUAUUUAAUCCUAUGAGGUCACAGAAGAUAUGAAAAUGAAACAUUUCUUAUCAAACUUUUUUCCUUGGGUGCUUAUUGUCUGGAGAAAACAUUGCAAAUGUUUGCCUUUGCUUGAAUAAAUUAUAUUCAAAUCCA